AUGGAUUUGGUGACCACCAUCCCUACUCAAUCAAACCUCUUAGUCACUAAGGAACGCAUCUCCGCUCACAGUCACAUUAGAGGAUUGGGCGUACAUCCACUUCUAUUUGACAAAAAUGUAACUGACGAAGAAUACCCCUCAUAUUUUGACUCUGAGUGUGGACUUAUCGGUCAAUACCAUGCCCGUGAAGCUGCUUUUUUGGUUGUAGAUCUGAUUAAAUCAAAAAAAAUGGCGGGAAAAGCAGUAUUACUUGCAGGACCCAGUGGCACUGGUAAAACUGCCCUAGCCAUGGCGAUCUGCAAGGAACUUGGAGAUUCCGUGCCCUUCACCCCUAUUUCCAGCACAGAAGUCUUCAGUUGCGAAGUAAAAAAGACAGAAAUACUCAAUGAAGCUUUCAGGAAGAGUAUCCAUGUUAGGAUCAAGGAGGAGAAACAAGUAUACGAAGGGCAGGUAGUUGAAUUGGCAGCGGAAGAGACCGAAAACCCUCACGGUGGUUAUGGCAAAUGUGUUGUUGCAGUAAUUAUCACUUUAAAGACUGCAAGGGGGACUAAAACGCUUAGAUUGGCCCCGCAAAUACACGAUCAAUUGGUGAAGGAGAACGUGGCGAUAGGGGAUGUUAUAUACAUAGAGUCUAACACAGGCCAGGUAAAACGUAUGGGACGCUGUGAUAUAUUUGCUACGGAGUUUGAUUUGGAAUUGGAAGAGUAUGUCCCACUGCCAAAGGGCGAGGUGUUUAAGGUCAAAAAAAUCGCACAAGAAUUAUCUCUCCAUGAUCUUGAUACUGCAAAUGCCAAGCCUAUGAGUGGGAAUGACGUGGUAUCUAUCCUUGGACAAUACCUACGGCCAAAAAAAACAGAGAUAACUGACAAACUAAGGGCACAUGUUAAUAUGGUGGUCAAUAAAUAUGUUGACAUGGGUAUAGCAGAAGUCUUGCCUGGUCUCCUGUUUAUUGAGGAAGCGCACAUGCUUGACAUUGAAUGCUUCACCUACUUAAAUCGAGCACUAGAAUCGCCAUUAGCACCUAUAGUAAUAUUAGCUACCAAUAGGGGGGUUUGUACCGUGCGUGGAACCGAUUCAAUUGAACCGCACGGCUUACCAGUGGAUCUACUUGAUCGAUUGUUGAUAAUCAAGACUCUCCCUUACACUAUUGAGCAGAUUGUACAGGUUAUAAGCAUACGGGCUAAAACCGAGAAUAUCGAGCUUAACAAUGAAGCGCUUGAGCUAUUAGGCAAAAUUGGUAAAAAUACAAGCCUGCGCUUCUGUUUACAACUACUUGGGCCAUGCAAGGCCAUUUGCGAAUCGCAAUCUGAGAAUAUAAUCACUCGAGAACAUGUGGCAGCUGCAGAUGCCUUGUUUAUGGACGCCAAGAGUUCGGCUAAAAGAGUUACUGAUGAGUCUAGAUUUUUUGUGUCUUAA